AUGAAACUGCAUGACAGUGCUUUGUGCGAGAAACUAGUCACGCGACACCUCGCGUUGCCGCUGUCGCGACUCGCAGUACCCAUAGGGGCCUUGAAUAUGUUAUCCACGAAGCGAAUCGACCUGUACGAUUCGAAGCGCCAGUUGCUCAGUCCCAUCAUCCAGGCCCGGCUAGCAUGGAGCGAGAAGGCGCAGCAGGGCUUGUUAGAGGAUACCACCUUCGCCGACGGCUGGGGCGAGAAGCAGUGGCAGACAUUGAUCCGAGCGCAGGCCAAAUUGCGGAUCCUGUUACAGGACCGCUCGGGCUCGGCGCGGAGCGAUGGCGGCGAGGACGGGGACGCGCAUUUGGAGAAGAGGUAG